AUGGUGAUGUCCUUCGCCGCGGCGCAGCACCGCGCGCGCGACGAGGAGCAGGACUUCGACGGCACCAUCAUCAAGUACCUCGUGUACAUCCAGUGCGGCGUGCCCGUGGUGCUGCUGCCCCUGUACGCGCUGCAGAGGGUGCGGCUGACCGAGUACCUCCACGAUUGGAACAAGUUUCAGGCCGAGUUCGCCCGCCGGUCGGGGCGAGCGCUGUCCACGCUGCGGCCCUUCUCGUCCAGGGACUCGCUGGAGAUGCUGGCCGUGGUGGUGCUGUGGGAGGCGGUGGUGGCGAGCUGCCAGCUGCCGCUGCACCCCCCGGUCGUCGUGCUGGCCCUGGUGCUGUCCAACGUGCUGGCCGCCCUGCUGGCCAGCCUGUGGUACCUCCACGGGCGGCUGCUGCGCGCCGCGGCGCACGCCUCGGCCGCCCACCUGGCCAGGGUGCUGUCGCGGUCCGCGCCGAGGCCCGGCUCGGUGGCGGCGCAGGUGGACGCGUGCCGGCUGCAGACGCUGCGCCUCAUGUCGCUGUCCACGGCGCUGGGCUCCGCGAUGACGCUGUGCCUCGGCUUCCUGCUGCUGGCGCACUUCGUGCUGCUUACGCUCACGCUGUACGCGCUCUUCGGCCAGCUGUCGCACUCCACGCGCAGCGCCGCGCGCCUGCCCAGCCUCGUGGCCGGCGUCGUCUUCAGCGGCGCCGUGCUCUACGUCGUCUGCGACUCGGGCCACCGCGUCGGCAGGGCGCUUAAGACGGGCGCCAUGCAGGAGAUGAUGGCUUUCCGUAAACGUACGCCACUGGUGGGCGAGGACCUCCACAACAUGAUCGAGGCGUUCGUGGCGACGGUGCAGGAGGUGCCGAGCGACGUCUCGCUGUCGGGCAUCACCGUCGUCAACAGGCAGCUCUUCACGGCGGUGCUGUCCACCAUGGUGACGUACCUCGUGGUGGUGGUGCAGUUUCGCGUCAGCCUGGAGGCCGAAGACGGCGAUGGGCGCGCUGCUCUGCCGGACUAG